AUGACCACAAGACCAGGUGAUCACAAGACCAGACCAGGUGAUCACAAGACCAGGCAACCAGAAGACCAGGCAACCAGAAGACCAGGCAACCAGAAGACCAGGCAACCAGAAGACCAGGCAACCAGAAGACCAGGCAACCAGAAGACCAGGCAACCAGAAGACCAGGCAACCAGAAGACCAGGCAACCAGAAGACCAGGCAACCAGAAGACCAGGCAACCAGAAGACCAGGUAACCAGAAGACAAGGCAACCAGAAGACCAGGCAACCAGAAGACCAGGCAACCAGAAGACCAGGCAACCAGAAGACCUGGCAACCAGAAGACCAGGCAACCAGAAGACCAGGCAACCAGAAGACAGGCAACCAGAAGACCAGGCAACCAGAUGA